GCCAGCCAUCUCCAAGCCCUCCGGCCCCCCGCCUCGCCUCGCAUCGUACCGAGAAUAAACCCAAAUCCGCCCCGCGUCCGGCGUCCGCCUACCAUUUCCCGGGUCACGAGUCCACGGCCUCCUCGCUCGCGGUCCCGCGCCAUGGCCCGCGCCACCAACGCCCAGCACCACCACCGCCUCCGCCUCCUCCUCUGCCUCUCCCUCGCGGCCGCCGCGUGGGCGCACGGCGGAGGCGGGGACUCCGACGCCGACGCCGACGCCGACGCGGAUGGGGGCGCCGCCGCCAGGCCGGACCUGCGCGCGCGGAGCCUGGUGGAGGCCAAGCUGUGGUGCCUGGCGGUGGUGUUCGUCGGCACGCUGCUGGGCGGGGUGUCCCCCUACUUCAUGCGCUGGAACGAGGCGUUCCUCGCGCUGGGCACGCAGUUCGCGGGCGGCGUCUUCCUCGGCACGGCGCUCAUGCACUUCCUCAGCGACGCAAACGAGACGUUUGGGGACCUGCUCCCCGACAGCGGGUACCCCUGGGCGUUCAUGCUCGCCUGCGCCGGUUACGUCGUCACCAUGCUCGCCGACGUCGCCAUCUCCUACGUCGUCUCACGGUCACAGGGGCGCAGCACCGGCACCGCCGCUACCGGCGGUUCUGAUGCAGGGCUGGAGGAGGGCAAGAUGAGAACCGCAAAUGGCACGAGGUCUGAGCCCACACCAGCUGAUGCACACGGAUCUGAUCACUCGGCCGCAUCCAUUCUGCGCAACGCGAGCACGAUCGGUGACAGCGUGCUGCUCAUAGUAGCCCUUUGCUUCCACUCCGUCUUCGAGGGCAUCGCCAUCGGGAUCGCCGAGACCAAGGCCGACGCAUGGAAGGCGCUGUGGACCAUAAGCCUGCACAAGAUCUUCGCGGCCAUCGCCAUGGGCAUCGCGCUGCUCCGGAUGCUGCCCAACCGGCCCCUCCUCUCCUGCUUCGCCUACGCCUUCGCGUUCGCCAUCUCCAGCCCCGUCGGCGUCGGCAUCGGCAUCAUUAUCGACGCCACCACGCAGGGCCGGGUGGCCGACUGGAUCUUCGCCGUCUCCAUGGGCCUCGCCACGGGCAUCUUCGUCUACGUCUCCAUCAACCACCUCCUCUCCAAAGGGUACCGGCCCCAGAGGCCCGUCGCCGUCGACACGCCGGUCGGUAGGUGGCUCGCCGUCGUGUUCGGCGUGGCUGUCAUCGCCGUCGUCAUGAUAUGGGACACCUGACCUGGUGAGAGACACGUAGGGCUGCAUUGUUGGGAACUUCCGGGGGUUGCUUAUUGCACGAGAUCGAAUAUGGUGUAGCAGACUCUUUUUAGCAUUUUUUUAGCUUAUUACGAUCGUACAUGUGCGUUGCUAUUGCAAAAAAAUUAUAACACGAUAAUUAAAGUUUAGAUAUGUAUUCUAUGAAAAAACAUUUUUUUAGUGUGAUGUGUGUAACAUUCGGUUUGUAACCAAUCAUCAUUAUUAUAUUGUUAGCAAAAUUGGCUACAAAGUUCGCCUCU